AUGAUGGCUUGUGGCUUAAGCAAGAGCCUUGGCUUCUCUUCCUCGUUGAAGAAGCAGCAAGGCAUCGUGACCAUCCUUGGUGGCGCCGACUGUGACAUUCCGUCGAACACUUUAUCUGCACCUUCUCUCAGGAGGACCUUCUCUGCCGACUUGUCCUCCAAGAAUUGGGUUACGCAGAAUGGGUUUUCUCCGAUGAAGAGGAUCUCUUCCUCUGAGAAGCUCCGUGCUUUUGCUACUGACGAGAAAACUGGAGAUGCUGAAGCAGAGGAGGGAUCGAGAUCUGGUGUCGACAUUUGGGCUCAGAUUCAGCAAGAUAAGAAUAAGAAGAAGGAGGAGGAGGAGAUCGAGCCGGGCCAAUCCGAUGUGUGGAGUUCGAUUUUGUCCGAUAAGAAGAAGACGGAAGCGAGCAAGGACACGGUUCCUCCGCCGUACGUUCACCCGCUGGUGAAACGAGCGAGCUCCUUGAGCGAGAAAAGCCUCGAGAUUUGCACUGAGAGUCUCGGAUCCGAGACGGGUUGCGAAGGUUUCUCUUCGCAUGGAUCGUCGGAGACUGGAGAUGCUGAAAUCGAGAAGGAAAUCAGCAUCCAAGAGGAGAUGAAUCUCCUUCUCAAUGCAACAGAGACCAAAAAGGAAGAAGAAACAGAGGCCAAGGCCGAGGCUGAGGUUGAGGUUGAGCAAAAAUCAAUCACCGUUCCAAAUCACACAAUUUCGUUUCCUCCUCCGAUUCGUUCCCUCUCGAGCCAAUCGGGUUCGUCUCUGCACAUGAAAACUCGCCGUGACAAUGGCCGAUUGGUUCUCGAGGCUGUCUCUAUGCCGUCGCACAACAACUUCUCCGCCAAGCGCCAAGACGGACGUCUCCUCCUGACAUUUGCGGAAAUCAGCAACGAGCUUGACAUCGAUAGCGACAAAGAAGAUGAGAUUGAAUCGGAGGCUCAGUGGUUCGACGAAGAAGAAGAAGAGGAGGAGGAGGAGGAACCAAACGAGUUUGCCUACAAGCCCAACGGAGUUCUGUACAAGCUGGCACCGAAACACAGUGGGCCUAUAACUGUUCAUAGGUUGGCCCAUAAGCCCAUUACGGUUCCAAAGAGAAACUCGAUAUGGCCCGCGACGGAGGAGUUCAAGACCAAAUCCGAUCUCUCGACGCCGGUGGUCCACUCACUGCCACCGAGGCCGAGGGUGGCUCAGCUUGCACGGUCAACAAAACCGCCGUCCACGGUGGAUGACACCGUAGGAGCCGCUUGCUUCAACACGUGUGACUACUACUGGAAGCCCACUAACGCCGAAGCUUUUGGCCCGAACGCAAAAACACAAUUCCAAGGCCAAAACUUAGUCCACAAAUCAUCAAUCGGCGUUGGACAUGACGGGUGGAUGAUAAAUGGGUGCAAGGAACGAAGGAGGUCUCUUUUGUCCGUUGAGCCGUUCUGCAUUGCCACUUCAUAA